CAGACUGAGCGAGAUUAGAGGUGGACGAGGAAGAGAACAGGGAGAGAAAUGCGGAGGGAGGAAAUGGCAGAGGGUGGGAGAGUGGAAAAAAAGCCAGCAAGACUGUAACAGAAGGCACGAGCGAGCACACCACGUGAUGGAGGAAGUGAUAAGUGAGGCGGACAGACAGGAAGAAAAGCUGCAGGUUUUCCCAAUGAAAAUGUCAAGAAUCAACACUGGCAAGUUUUCUAUCUUGAUUCUGAUGGCUCAAACUUUAGCUUUUAUUUGUAUCAUUUUUAAAUUCCACGACAGCCCUCUCCCUCCUGUGAAAAAAUAUCAGAGGACUCAUAUGAUUAUCUUAUCAACAUGGAGAUCCGGGUCCUCUUUCACUGGACAACUCUUCAGCCAGCACCCUGAUGUAUUUUAUCUAAUGGAACCAGUCUGGCACGUGUGGUCUAAAAUGCAUCAAAACAGCGUCAAUUUAUUGCAUAUGGCAGCCAGGGAUCUGGUCCGUUCAGUUUUUCUCUGUGACAUGUCUGUAUUUGAGGCUUACUUGCCACCAGAAAAAUUUUCAUCAAGCUUUUUUCAGUGGGAGACUAGCAGAGCUUUGUGUUCCCCUCCAGUAUGCAAUUUAUUCAAACGAAGUGAUAUCAUUCCACAGAAUCACUGUAAAUUGUUAUGUCCCAAAAAUCCAUUUAAUAUCACUGAAAAAGCAUGUAAAAGCUACAGCCAUAUUGUGCUUAAAGAAGUGAGAUUCUUUGACUUGAAAGUCCUUUACCCUCUGCUUCGUGAUCCAUCGCUAAACGUCAAAAUUCUUCACUUAGUCCGAGAUCCCCGUGGGGUGUUUCAUUCAAGAGAAAAAACAACCAGUGCUCUCUCCUUUGACACCAAGAUUGUUUUGGGAGACAUAGAAUCUCAGAAUUCAGAUGCCGACUAUGAGAUGAUAAAACAAAUCUGUGAGAGCCAAGUAGAAAUGUAUAGAACUGUCAUGACGUCCAACUUCAGUAGGUUGCGCAGUCACUACCAUAUGGUGCGUUAUGAAGAUAUUGCUGAUGAUCCCAUUGAAAAUGCAAGGCAGAUGUACCAAUUUGCAAAUCUUAAUUUCACCCCCAAACUUAAGACUUGGGUACACAAUAUAACACAUGGUAAGGGCCAAGGUAUGAGUUUUGUAAUCAACUCUAGAGAUGCUCGCAAUGUCUCCAGAGCAUGGAGGGAUCAUCUUCCAUUCAAAACUGUCUACAGAAUCCAAAACAUUUGCAAAGAAGCUUUGAAAGUUUUUGGCUACAGAACCUUGAAGACAGAGACGGAACAGAAAAACUUAUCAGUUAAUAUUUUAUUACCUCCUCCUAAACUUAGCACUGGUACCAAUGCUCCUUUAACUUAACAAUAUAUAUGCAUCAGUUUUAAUCAUAAUGAUAUAUGGUUGCUACAUUUGAAUGGCAUUACUACAGUAACAACAACAACAAAAUUCAAGUAAAUUAUAGAAGCAUCACUGUCAGUAGUAAUAACUGGAGGCCAAGAGUAAGGGGGUUAUUUAUCAAAAUCUGAGUUUUUAAAUGAAAAAAGUCUGACCAAACUAGAAUCCAUAACUUUACCUUAUUUAUUAUUAAAAGAGCAUGAAUUAAUUGGUUCGUGAAAAACAAGUUUUAUUUGUGAUUUUUUUUGAAUCGUAUGAUUUUUUCGGAUUUUUGCUUAAAAAGUCAAGAAAUA